UAACGACCCUUGUCUCCCUUACACAAAGAUCAUGAAAAUGGCAAAUACCCUUCUUUAGUUUCUAUGAAUUUGGCGCUCAAUCCCUUCUAAAUCCCAUUUCUACAUAUUCCUCUCUCUCUCUCUCUCUCUCUCUCUACCCUAAAAAAAAAGGGUCAUUUGUUUCUUCUAUUUGUUUCUUCUUCAUAUAAGACCCUCUCCUACAACAACUCUUUUCAACCCAACUUCUUAAGAGAGGUCAUAAAGGGAAGACACACAUACACAUACACACACUCUAUAAAUAUGUAGAGAGAGAAGAAGAGAGAGAGAGAGAGAGAGAAAAAAAAAACACAACUUGAGACAAUAGUGAUUUUGUUCUUAUUUUACAUAGAGUUCAUUGUUCUUUUAUUCAUAAUAAUAGAUCUUCAUUCUAAACACCUUCUUGUGUCUUAAAGUCCACAUCUUUAAUCAUAAAGUUUCAUUUUUUUCUUCUGGGUUGUAAAGAAUUCUGUCUUUUUUUCUUUUUCUUUUACAAGUGAGAUAAAUUUUUUUGUUUUUGUUAUUGAAAUGGCACCAAGUUUUGAUUGUUUUGCAAACCUUCUCUGUACUGAAGACAUCAGCAUUUUUGAGGAAAAUGAAUUUGGGGAUUCAUUGGAGAUGUUGGAGGAACCAUGGAAUGUUGAAUAUGAACCAAACCUUAAUCAAACUCAGGAAUUUGAUGACCCAAUUGGGUUGUUACCAUUGCUGAGUGAUGAAAGUUUGAAGGUUAUGAUUGAAAAGGAAUGCCAUCACUUACCUGCUAGUGAUUAUGUCAAUAGGCUCAAAAUUGGGGUUUUGGAUUUGGAGGGUAGAAUGGAUGCCAUUGAUUGGAUUCAAAAGGUUCGAGUGCAUUUCGGUUUCGGACCUCUCUGUGUUUACCUAGCUGUUAACUACAUGGAUCGAUUCCUUUCCGCAUGUGAAACACUUAAGGAAAGACUUUGGUCAAUCCAACUGUUGGCUGUGGGCUGUGUUUAUCUGGCAGCUAAAAUUGAAGAGACUACAGUUCCUCCAUCUCUUGAUUUGCAGGUCAAUGAAACUAAGUAUUUGUUUGAUACUAAAACAAUACUGAGGAUGGAGCUUAUGGUAAUGAGCACAUUGAAAUGGAGAAUGCAAGCAAUUACACCUUUCUCCUUCAUUGACUAUUUCCUUUACAAGGUCAAUAAUGAUCAAGUUCCAACAGGAGAUUCAAUUUUGCAAUCAAUCCAGCUCAUACUGAGUACUAUAAGAGGAAUUGACUUCAUUCAGUUCAGACCAUCUGAAAUUGCAGCAGCUGUUGCAGUGUUAGUAUCUAUGGUGGGGGAAAACCAAACAGUUGAAACUGAGAAAGCAGUUUCUCUUCUGAUUCAGUAUGUUGAAAAGGAGAGAGUAAUGAAGUGUGUUGAAAUGAUUCAACAGCUGUCAUCAGGUAGUGAUUCUGAAACAAAAGAAACUACAACUUCUGCUUCUGUUUCUGUCCCUUGUGUUCCUCAAAGUCCAAUAGGUGUAUUGGAACCUCUAUGUCUCAGCUACAAAAGUGAUGAAAACAACACUAAUGUUGCUACUUCACCACAUGCAAAUCCUUCACUUCAUAAUGAUAUUAGUCCUGAUCCUAAACGCAAGAAGCUUAACACAACCAUUGAAGAUUGAUUAGAAUAUAGAAUAGCAUUUUUUUAGAUGCUUAUAUCUAUUUUUGUUGUAACAAUUAUGCCCCCUCAAAGGAAGCAAGAAAGUAUAGGAAAAAAUGAAAAAUAAAAAAUUAGAAUAAUAGAUGCCAAAAAUGAAUCAUUAGCACUAGAUGAGGAUUUUGAACAACAAAAGCUCUGAAUAUUUUGAGCUUAUUAGUUGUUAAAUUUUUUAUAGAUUGAGGAUUAGUGCAUUUGUUGUUGUAAGUAGGCUUAGUGUUUUUAUUUUUAAGUAAGGGAUUAAAUUAGAAAUAAAAAAUAAUAAGGGGGCAGAGGGACUAUAGGAGUAGAGAUAUUAAUAUAUUUUGGAACAUUAAUUUUAUUAAUGUUAUUGUCUUUAUUUU